UUCCGCGAGGAGCGGUUUGGCAAACCCUCUUCCUACUAUGUGCGGUGCUUUUCAUAAAUGAGGUCCGUUCGGAAGGCAGAGUUGUUUGCUACUACACAAAUUGGAGUGUCUACAGACCGGGUACAGCGAAAUUCAAUCCGCAGAAUAUUAAUCCAUAUUUGUGUACACAUUUGGUGUACGCUUUUGGUGGAUUCACAAAGGACAAUCAGAUGAAACCGUUCGACAAAUACCAGGACAUAGAACAGGGCGGCUAUGCCAAAUUCACGGGGCUUAAAACAUACAACAAGCAACUGAAAACAAUGAUUGCCAUCGGCGGUUGGAAUGAGGCCUCAUCACGUUUUUCUCCGCUUAUGGCGAAUUCAGAGCGACGGCAAAAAUUUAUUAAGAACAUUUUGAAAUUCCUGCGUCAGAACCACUUCGAUGGCAUCGAUUUGGAUUGGGAGUAUCCGGCACAGCGUGAGGGUGGUAAGGAGCGCGACCGGGAUAAUUAUGCACAGUUUGUGCAAGAGUUGCGCGCUGAAUUCGAACGUGAGGCGGCGAAGACCGGACGGCCACGUCUGCUGUUGACAAUGGCCGUGCCGGCAGGUAUUGAGAACAUCGAAAAGGGUUACGACAUACCAAAACUGAACAAGUACCUUGAUUGGUUCAAUGUGCUCUCGUAUGAUUUUCAUUCAUCGCACGAGCCAUCAGCUAAUCAUCAUGCUCCAUUGUACUCGCUGGAGGAAGAGUCCGAGUACAAUUAUGAUGCAGAGUUGAAUAUUGACUAUUCCAUCAAAUAUUAUUUGAAAGCCGGUGCUGACCGCGACAAAUUGGUGUUGGGCAUACCCACAUAUGGACGUUCAUACACACUCAUCAAUGAGGAGAGCACAGAAAUUGGAGCACCAUCGGAGGGACCAGGUGAACAGGGUGAUGCCACACGCGAAAAGGGAUAUUUGGCUUACUAUGAGAUAUGCCAAAAUCUAAAAGAGGACCCAGAGUGGACUGUCGUGCAACCAAAUCCGAAUGCAAUGGGGCCAUACGCCUACAGACGCAACCAAUGGGUUGGUUAUGACGAUGAAGCCAUUGUACGUAAGAAAGCUCAAUACGUCGUCGAGCACGGUUUAGGUGGUAUAAUGUUUUGGGCCAUAGACAACGAUGAUUUCCGAGGUACUUGCUCCGGCAAACCAUACCCGCUCAUAGAGGCUGCCAAGGAAUCCAUGUUAGAGAGCUUGGGACUUGGUAUUAACGAAGUCGCUAAACCAAAUGCACCCAAAAAGCCUUCACGGUCACGUAGUCGUGAAAACUCAUCUUCGAAGCUGAAUCGAAUUGGUGGCAGCAGCGAGGGUAAAGGCUCUUCGGGUCGGGUAACUUUGAGUAGUGGACGUCGUCGCGCGCAAUCCUCACCCUCUACGACAACAACGCGGGAGCCCGAGACAACGAUACGACUGACAAAUCCAGAGGGUUCUUCGUUGUAUAUUGGUGGCCGUGUAACGACGCCAGCUCCACCAACUACGCCUGAUCCAGGAACUGAUUUCAAAUGCGAAGAGGAAGGGUUCUUCCAACAUCCACGCGAUUGUAAGAAAUAUUAUUGGUGCUUGGACAGCGGCCCGUCGGGAUUGGGUAUUGUGGGUCACAUGUUUACUUGUCCAUCGGGCUUGUACUUUAAUCCCGCAGCUGAUUCGUGCGAUUUUGCUCGCAAUGUGCCCUGCAAAAUCAAAAAAACUACCACUGCAGCGCCUAUCAGCAGUACUACUACAACAACCACCACACCCCGCCCCACAGCUUCUAUCAAUCGCAUCUCGGCUGCCACUUCGCGCACAUCAUUUUUCAGAACUACCACCCCAACUACAACUACUCCAACACCAAUCGAAUAUGAAGAUGAAGAGGAGGAGAUAGAGGAAGAUGUGCCAACACACUAUAAAGACAAGGAAGCCGAAGAAGACCCACAGGUCAUAAAAGAACUCAUUGAGCUAAUUCGCAAAGUCGGUGGCAUUGAGGAGUUGGAAAAACAUUUGCUACGCAAAGAUGAUGGCACGAUAUCAAUUAAAAGUAGCUCCAGUGAGUCGAAUGCGGCCACUACUCAAUCACCUAUUAGCAAAAGUCUGUACGAUAAAGUGCUCAGCAAGCCCAAUUCAUACAACUCGAUCCGUAAUCGUUUCACUUCGUCGUCACUAUUUCGAAAAUCUAGUCAAGCCAACACUGAGCAAACAGCGAACUCCAAAUUUGAAAGCGAUGAGUCGCAAGUUAAUGAAGGAAGCAUCAGCAGUGGAUUCUCCAAAUACUCCUCAGUAGUGCGUGGUAACAGUAGACAGGGCCCCCAAAAUGAGGGUCUAGAUAAAUUGUCUGAAUUCGAUGGCUUCUUGAAAGAAAAAAAGCAAUAUGUUACAAUUAAUAGAAAUAGAGGCUCUCUUAGAGGGCAGGAGGAUGAAGAUGACGUGGAAGAAAAACAGGUUACAGAGCACGAAAGCGAAGAUGAUGAAGAGGUGGAGUUGAAGAGUAGGGCUAAGACCACAAGGCGACCAACGAAUACGGUGACUCCCUCUUACGCUAGCAUACGACGUGCACGACCAUCGACUGUUCGAACGGAAACAGAGGAGGAAGCUGCCAGCGAUGAAGAAGUAAAAACCUCAAAGGAAAACGAAGAAAAACGAGCAUAUACUUCUUUGAAUCGGAAUCGUGGCAGGUACACAUCUACUGAAAGCAGUCAAAAAGCUGAAGAAGUUAUAACUAAUGCAAAUAGGUAUAAAUAUCUGGAACGUCCACGACCACAAAACAGGCUUAAGACAACUUUCACCAGCCAAGAUGAGGAAAGCUUAUCCGGAGACGAUGAGGAGGAUCAAGAGGAAGAACAAAAUGUAACGGUACAAUUAAAUCGGGCAGCAAUUGAUUCCACACAAAAAUCAACACAAAGCACAACACGCAUCUAUGCGAGUAUAGGUCGUCGUACAACCACUACAACAACAGAGACUCCAACCACCCAAGAAACUCCAACCAGAUACAAUUUAUUAGAAAACACAUUUAACAACGAAACACCUGAACCAAUUUUACCAAAUACUACCACUGCCGCAACCGCAAAUGACUCACCCACCUUUUCCAUAACCAUUAAAAAUACUAAUCCCGAAAUCAUUUCCACUGUCACCACAUCCACAUCCAGUCCUACCAUUUCUACAACAAAUGCUUCCGCCACCACAAUAACAUCAACCACAUCAAAUGAUAAUGAACUAGUCGAUUCCCUACCCACAAUUACCACUCUCCCUCCAACCUUUGAGCAUGAAUCGAAGCAACCCUUAGACCUUUCGCUUGAUGUGAAUUCCCUUAUUGAAAAAACCGCCUCUACUGCAAAUCCAACGACUGCAAGUGCAACCGAAAAACUGGAAACAGAAGGCGCUGAGACAACAACUGCUCGAACAACUACAGCUACCGAAACAUUGACAAGCACCGCCACCACCACAACCACCACUGACACUGACCAACCCCCCUCCGCCGACGAGGUAACGAAUUUAAGCAAUAAUCGCCUAAAGACACAAUAUAAAUUUACAACAAGAACACGUAAUGUAACAAAAUCAACAACUACAACUGCAAACACUGACACAGACCUAGAUAAUGAAAAUCAUAUUAACAGAAAAAACAACAACAACAACAAAAUUUUAAGUGAAACAAAGAAAACUAGUCUAAAUACUGGUAGUAAUAGUAGUACGGAUGAUAAGUUUAAUAGUAGUGUUAGAGGUAAUACCGUUAAAUACUCUGGUGGUAGAAGACAACAACAAUUAAACGAGUUACUAACUCGCAAAAAUCAAAUCCAAAAUCAACAGACGGAUUCCUCCAACAUCAUAACUACUACCGAAUCAGCACCCACUAAUGAGUUCCUGGGAACUGUAUCUAGCCCUAGACCUUUCGGUUUCCCAAGGCGUCGUACGCGCCCGAAUAACUCCAAUCCAACAAACACCGAAGAUACAAAAUCCACCACUGAAAGUAUAGAAGAUGAACAAAGCGUAGUAAAAACGAGGUUAUCAGCAACAAAUGCCUCCAAAACCAAGGUGAGUUCCAAUUCAGAUGUGUUGCAAGUACAAAAAGGAUUGGAAACAAAUGAUAAGGUCAGCACUACGCGCACCCAUACACAAGCAAAAAUGCACACACACACGCAUUUAGUAGAUGUAGUAGAUGGUGUUAGUGGUACAAAUUCAAAUAGUCUAAGGCAUGUUGUAGAUAGAAAUCUUAGCUUAAGUAUAACUGAUUCACUUUCAGCAGAAAAGAGUGGCAGUCGAGCGUAUGCCUCCAAUGAGGCAAAGAGUAAGCUCGAAAGCAAUGACGAACACCUAAUUAAUACACUUAGUGAGAAUAAAAAUAGGGAUAGAGUUACACAACUAAAUUCUCUGACUGCAAAUGCCAAGGACGAGACAUUGCAGACAAGUAAGUAUCGCGGCAAAAGUUUGACAGCAGAGGCAGAGUCAGAGGAAAAUGACAACGCGAAAGUUACAGAUGGCCAUGCAAAUUUCCGUGGUCGUGGCUUAAAGAUGAUAAACGAAGAAAAUGCAGAUGCGAAGAGUGCAAACGAUGAAAAUGAGAUUCAUACGGAAACAAAAGAAAUUAAUCAGAAUAACAGUGCGAAUCACACGCAAUCCACUUAUGCUACACUCGUCAAAGACGACAACAAUCAAAUUUCAGUUUCCGAGCUGACUACUCAAACCAAUGAAACCUCCAUAACGGAUGAGGGCAAUGGUAAAGUGAAGAUUCAAACAACUUACACCACAAUCACUAGUGGUGGCGAUAACUUGGAGGAAAAUAAGUCACUAUCUAAUGAAAAAUCAUAUAAACAAACCGAAAUAAAUAUUAAUGGAAAUGCGAAUAGUGAAAAUGUUGGUAAAGCAUAUGCCACUAUUAAGAGAAAUCGCACACAAGAAAACGAGCAUACAUUAGAGCUCAACUCCUCCAAAUAUUUGGAUGACCUCAGCGACAGAAACACCACCACUGUCCAAACAAGCGACGACGGCAAUACCGUGCGUACAACAACUUAUCAUACAACAAAAACCAGUGAGAACGGUAAGAUCAUAACCACGACAAUUGAGGAGAUAAUAACCACACAAAUAAAAAUAGCAGAUUCUGAAGUGAUGAAAAAUGGGUCCAAUGUAGAUUCGAAAUACCAAACAAUAACACGUCGCACAGAAAAUCACGGUCCUACUACUGAAACCAUACAUUACAACACAAUUGUGCGCGGUAACGAAGGUAUACAGCUAAACGAGGGAAAGUCUUCUUCAUUCUUCCGAAAUCUCGACGAAGUUGCAAAGCAAGCCGAAACAAGUCGCGAUCGCAUCUACGAGGGUAUAUCUCGAGGUGGUAAAUUACCGCAAUCUGACGGUGAAAAUACAGCGUCCGAGGUUACGGGAACCACGACCAUAAAGUCGAAUAUAAAUAAUGACCAGCUUAAUACCGAUCAAAUUGCAAGCAAAUAUCACACAAUAAAUCGUGGACAUUCAACCCACACUCAUCAAGUGAAUUCUUCUACGUCAAACCAGCGUGAAAAUAGUCGCUUCACGGACAAGACGAGUAAAGAUGUCACGGGUGAAUUCAUUAGUGAAAAUCUAUUUAAAGCACAAACGUCAUCGCAGGAAAUAAAAAAUGAAGAGACACUUGCGAUUGCUACAAAUGGGUCUAAGAGCCAUUUUACAACAACUUCGACGUCUGCUGAAGCCUCAUUGGAGGAUGAAAAUACGGCAGCCGAAGUAAUUAACGACGAAAUUCACUCAACAUUAACGAACUUAGAAACUACCACCGAAAGUUAUUCCUCAACUAUUCCGUCAAAAUCACAACCUGAGUAUUCUACUAUUUCGUCAACAGAAACCACAGAAGACGUCUCGGCUAAGGUAUUAUCUAAUAUUCGAAGAAGACCCAUUACAACCAAUGCCCCGGCAACUAUUGCUCCGCCAAGCUCUGCAGUAAUGACUGGGUCCAAAAUUCAAAGUAUACCAAUUAUAACCACGCCGCCAGAAAGUACCACUCUCCCAGAGUUGGUAGAAACUACUACUUCGCCGACUUUUGAAUCUGACACGAUUUCUAGUAAGCGAAAAUUUACGCAUCUCAAAGUUGAUACGUCAUCAAAGGUUAAGGAAGAAAACUCCAAUGAAGCAAGUUCCAAAGUUCGAGUUAGACCAACUACAACCCCAGCGCCAGAAAGUACCACUCUCCCAGAGUUGGUAGAAACUACUACUUCACCGACUUUUGAAUCUGACACGAUUUCUAGUAAGCGAAAAUUUACGCAUCUCAAAGUUGAUACGUCAUCAAAGGUUAAGGAAGAAAACUCCAAUGAAGCAAGUUCCAAAGUUCGAGUUAGACCAACUACAACCCCAGCGCCAGAAAGUACCACUUUCCAAGAGAUAACUGAAACUACUGCAUCACUGACUUUUGAUUCUGAUACGAUUUCCAGUAAGCAAACCCUUACACGUCAUAAAGCUGGUACUUCCUCUGAGGUUAUAGAAGAGAACUCGAAUCACACAAGGUCUAAGGUUCGAGCUAGACCAACUACAACCUCAGCGCCAGAAAGUUCCACUUCGCCAGAGAUGAUUGAAACUACUGUAUCACCGGCUUUUGAAUCCGAUACGAUUUCUAGUAAGCAAACCUUUACGCGUCACAAAUUUGGUGCAUCAUCUAAGGUCGCGGAAGAUACCUCCAGUCAAAUAAGAUCCAAAGUUCUUGGUGGAACAACUACAACCUCAGCGCCAGAAAGUUCCACUCUGCCAGAGAUUAUUGAAACUACUGUAUCACCAACUUUUGAAUCCGAUACGAUUUCUAGUAAGCAAACCUUUACGCGUCACAAAUUUGGUGCAUCAUCUAAGGUCGCGGAAGAUACCUCCAGUCAAAUAAGAUCCAAAGUUCUUGGUGGAACAACUACAACCUCAGCGCCAGAAAGUUCCACUCUGCCAGAGAUUAUUGAAACUACUGUAUCACCGACUUUUGAAUCCGAUACGAUUUCUAGUAAGCAAACCUUUACGCGUCACAAAUUUGGUGCAUCAUCUAAGGUCACGGAAGAUAACUCCCUUAAAAUAAGGUCCAAAGUUCGAGGUAGAACAACCACAACCUCAGCGCCAGAAAGUUCCACUCUGCCAGAGAUGAUUGAAACUACUGUAUCACCGGCUUUUGAAUCCGAUACGAUUUCUAGUAAGCAAACCUUUACGCGUCACAAAUUUGGUGCAUCAUCUAAGGUCGCGGAAGAUAACUCCAGUCAAAUAAGCUCCAAAGUUCGAGGUAGAACAACUACAACCUCAGCGCCAGAAAGUUCCACUCUGCCAGAGAUGAUUGAAACUACUGUAUCACCGACUUUUGAAUCCGAUACGAUUUCUAGUAAGCAAACCUUUACGCGUCACAAAUUUGGUGCAUCAUCUAAGGUCGUGGAAGAUAACUCCAGUCAAAUAAGGUCCAAAGUUCUUGGUGGAACAACUACAACCUCAGCGCCAGAAAGUUCCACUCUGCCAGAGAUUAUUGAAACUACUGUAUCACCGGCUUUUGAAUCCGAUACGAUUUCUAGUAAGCAAACCUUUACGCGUCACAAAUUUGGUGCAUCAUCUAAGGUCGCGGAAGAUAACUCCCCUCAAAUAAGGUCCAAAGUUCUUGGUGGAACAACCACAACCUCAGCGCCAGAAAGUUCCACUCUGCCAGAGAUUAUUGAAACUACUGUAUCACCGACUUUUGAAUCCGAGACGAUUUCUAGUAAGCAAACCUUUACGCGACACAAAUUUGGUGCAUCAUCUAAGGUCGCGGAAGAUACCUCCAGUCAAAUAAGAUCCAAAGUUCUUGGUGGAACAACUACAACCUCAGCGCCAGAAAGUUCCACUCUGCCAGAGAUUAUUGAAACUACUGUAUCACCAACUUUUGAAUCCGAUACGAUUUCUAGUAAGCAAACCUUUACGCGUCACAAAUUUGGUGCAUCAUCUAAGGUCGCGGAAGAUACCUCCAGUCAAAUAAGAUCCAAAGUUCUUGGUGGAACAACUACAACCUCAGCGCCAGAAAGUUCCACUCUGCCAGAGAUUAUUGAAACUACUGUAUCACCAACUUUUGAAUCCGAUACGAUUUCUAGUAAGCAAACCUUUACGCGUCACAAAUUUGGUGCAUCAUCUAAGGUCGCGGAAGAUACCUCCAGUCAAAUAAGAUCCAAAGUUCUUGGUGGAACAACUACAACCUCAGCGCCAGAAAGUUCCACUCUGCCAGAGAUUAUUGAAACUACUGUAUCACCGACUUUUGAAUCCGAUACGAUUUCUAGUAAGCAAACCUUUACGCGACACAAAUUUGGUGCAUCAUCUAAGGUCGCGGAAGAUACCUCCAGUCAAAUAAGAUCCAAAGUUCUUGGUGGAACAACUACAACCUCAGCGCCAGAAAGUUCCACUCUGCCAGAGAUUAUUGAAACUACUGUAUCACCGACUUUUGAAUCCGAUACGAUUUCUAGUAAGCAAACGUUUACGCGUCACAGAGUUGGUACGUCAUCUGAGGUCAUAGAAAAUAACUCGAAUCAAACAAGGUCCAAAGUUCGAGGUAGUCCUACUACAACCUCAGCGCCAGAAAGCACCACUCUGCCAGAGAUCAUUGAAACUACUACGUCACCGACUUUUGAAUCUGGCAUAGAUUCCAGUAAACGAAACUUAAUCCAUCACAGAGUUAGUUCGUCCUCCGAGAUCGUAGAGGACAUCAGUACUGAAACCAACUCCGUAAUUAAUGACAGACCAUCUACAACCGCACCACCGGAAAUCUCUACUCUCUCUGAAAUAGAUAAAAUUACAGAAAUGCCGCAAUUUGAAUCCGAUAACACUUCCAGUGGGCACACAUCGUCUGAUCCUUUUGGAACUUCUCCUACCUUAGACCCCACCACUGAGCAAUCUACAUCGGAAAGUGCAACAACGCCAGCCAUCCAAAAGGUAUAUGCAGCUCGAAAAGAAAAUAGUACGAAUAAUCGCGCAUUCCAAGAAACCUCCUUUGCCGCGGCAGAAAUCAGCGAAGAGGAAUCGGGCAAAACCACACUAAGCCCAGGUUCAAUAGAAGUUGGCAUAAGAGUCCCUGCAACUAAAAAUCGUGCUCAAACGGCACACGAAUAUGUUCUGAAAGGUAAUGCGCAUAGCAAAUCCACAACCUCUAAUGGAAUUACUCAAAGAAAUUUACAGAAGACAUCAAAUCGAAAAACAACAACUCAUACAUACGAAUAUGAGAAAUCAUUAGCCACUGAUAGUAAACAAUCAAGUAAUUCUAAUGAAGAUGCUAAUGAAAGAAGUCAUACGUUAGAGAGCCGCUUUGACUUCACAACUGAAACUUCCCGACGACGCACCACACAUCGAGGUAAUUAUCGGCCACGAGCGGAUAAGGACGAUUUGUCCUCAUUAUUGGCAUUAGAUGAGAAUAAACACCGACCCUACAACCAUACUCAGUACAACCUCGGCAAUCGGGUACACUUGGAUGGAAUAUACAAAGAAGGAGGAAAUAAAGAAUCAUCAGCCGAGUUUAGUUUCCGUCCACCAAUCGCCUCACAACAGGAAAAAAUCAGCACUGUACCACAUGCUGAACACGAUGGUGUCAAAGGGGGAACCAAUAGUAUAAACGCCCAUGAAGUAACGUCAACAGAUCUAAGCGGAAAUAACAGAAGUCGAUUAAAUUCCAGCAAUAGAAGAACUACUGUAAUUAGAAGAAGAAUAAAUAGCAGCAGGAACACCACCAAAGCACUCAAUGAAACGGCUGCAGUUUAUGGAGCAAAGCAUCGUGACUUAGGCGUCAAAAGGAAUAAUGAAACUGCCACCGAGUUGAGUUCUACAAAGCUUUUUGCUAAAGUAAGAGAUUCUCAAGACAAAGGAAGCAAUAAAUUCAAUAAAAACAAUGAAAACAUUACUGGAUCAUUCACGUCUACCCAAUAUUUACAUCAAGAAGGAGACAAUUUAAAUGAAACUAAAUCUAAUUCUGCUCAGUCGGGUUCGAAAUCAACAAAACAAGUGAGCAAUGGCUCAACAACUGCAAGCGAGCCCAAAGUCGAUUCAAAGAAAGUAAAUAUAGAAGAGAAAGAAAGUUCCACAAACAUUAAAAAGGUUGAAGAUGAUGUUGCUCCUAUUGGGGAAUAUGAAAGUAUAUCUGCUGAUAUGAGAAAGAAUAAAUCACCUGCUGAUUCUACAACAAAGCAAAGCCUUGAAAACGGCACCAACUCUGAUACAGAUUCUUCAACAAAUUCAGGACACCUCAGCCUAUUUUCCCAAAAUAUAAAUGCAGUAAAGACUGGAACCAAUUCGGCAUCCCAGACUGCAAGUGACACUGAGCAUAGGGAGGGAGAGCAUGACUAUACUGAACAAGGCUCAAAAACCAAUGUGAACCAAUUCACUAAAUUAGCAGGCAGCCGUAAAAAUGUUGCCGCUGAAGAAUCUUAUGAUGAAGGAAGCUCAGAUCUGUUAGAGAAAACUGAAGUUAGUUCGGCAUCUCAGAGUGCAACUAAUACGAAGAAUAGGCAGAGAGCGCAUGGCGAUUUAGUACAAGGCUUUAAAACAAACCAAUUCACCAAAUUAACAAGCAACCGUUACAAUGAAGCCGCAGAAGAGCACACUGGUGAAACGAACGCAGAUCUACCGGAUGGAAGAGAGAGAACAGGUUUGGCCAACAGCCGAACUUCAGGCCGAAAAGCUUUCAGCGCUCGUUCUAGAAUUGGCGCACGUGCGCAAUAUACAGGCCAAGGCAGUUCCAGAACUACGAACCGAAUUGGCGGCUCUGAUGGAAUUUCUAUUAGAAAUGAAAUAAAUGAAAACGAAACUAAAACUGAAACGACUCAAACGCGAGUCUACAAUACGGCUAGCAAUACACAAAAGACCAUUAAACGUGUUCACACAAAAACGGUGCAAAAAGCUGAACCUGAAUAUGAGUACGUCUAUGAGGUUAUAACAGAGAAGAUACCGCCUAGCACACCGCGGCCUGUAACACGAAACCGUGGUGGUGUACGCUUCGGAGACUCCGAUUUAUCCUCACUCCUUUCAUUGGACUUUGCACCAAAAUCAAAACGAAGGGGAAAUGGAGAGAAAACAAUUAUCAAGACUAGAAGGAAAUUAAUAAAAAAGCCUGCAACAAUAAUUGAAAGUGAAAAUGUUGAGGAAUAUGAAUACGAAGAAAGUGCCAGACCCCAACGACCAAUAACAACUGAAGCGGCGCCAACUACACGCCGUACUAGACCUACAAGGCCUCUGCGUACGACAACAUCAACGACGCAAAGAGCUACGGUUACCGAAAAAGAAGAUGAGCUAGAAACAACAACUGAAACACCAACUUCAAUAACCAGAAAAGCUUUUACAUUCAAGCGACCACUUUCCAAAGGUUCAAGAGCACCAACUAAUGUGAAACCUAGUAUCACGGAAAAAGUGUUCUCAACCACUGAGGCAGUGACACAAGCAACACGAAAGGGUUUCGCUUUCAAAAGACCACUUUUAACGACUACAACAACUACUGAAUCAGCAUUCACUAUGCCAGUAACCAAUACAGAAAGCAUUCAAACUACACUUAGGCCAGGAUUACGACGAAAAGUUAUAAAAUUGCAAAGACCUUUGAAUAAAAAAGUAACCGUGAAAUCUAAAGAUGAAACAAGCACACAAGAAACUGACGAAAAAAUUACCGUUCAUACUGGUGUGCAACAAACCUCAAUUGCUUCGAUUGAGCUUCCCAUAACCAACGUUACUGAAAAUCUGUCAACGACAACUACAACGCAGCCCGUUAAAUCAACCUUGUCGGAAACUUCUGCCAUAACUAUUACAACAAAAGAAGUACCGACUACAACAAGACCCACUGAAACAACUCUGGAGCAGACUUCCAAACCUGCCGAUGAUUCCUUUGAUCUCCUCAAGAAACAAUUCUCUAACGCUAUAGGCAGACUUAAGCAAAACGGUGAAGAAAAUAUCAGCUCAAAGAGCGAAACAACGAUUUUAACACAGACAACCCAAACAAAGACGACUAGUGGAAGUGGUGUGACUGAAACAGAUUUAAAAAUAGGAAAUGAUGUUACUCGUUUGGAGUCAAUUUCACAACUGAAUAAUGAACUAAAUGAAAAUGGAGAAGAUUAUUCCCUCUCUUUGCCUAUAUAUCACAGAAGAAAAUACUACCAAUACUAUAAAGAUUCACCAGUUAUCUAUAUAGGAAAACCGCAGCCACCACCUUCAGCUCAAACCAGCAACGUCGAUAUCAAGAAACAAAUACAUGAAGUAUUUAACAUAAGUAACGACAGUAACAUAUCUGUUGCUUCUGAAGAAAGCAAUGCCAGUAAUGAAGCUGUGGUAGACUCCACGGCAGGCAGUAGGGAAGAAGAUCAUUUUUUAUUGGAAACCCCCGGGUCAGUGUCAUCUGGAGAAGAAUUAAUCGAUGAUCAAAACGCAAAAGCCGAAUUGAAACAGAUAUUUGCUACAAACAGUGUUCCACAAACAACAGCAAAGAAUUCGGCAAACGAAUACACCAAUAACUUAGACGAUGAAAGCAGCAGCGAAUUAUCGCAUCGUGUUGGUAAAACCUUUAGAGAACAAAACUCCACAAUUACAAAACUUUCGGCCCUUAAACCCGACUUAGAUUCUGCCCAAGCCAAUCCCACUACUAAAACAAUAUUACACAAUGAGACAUCAACCAUUAAAAUAACAAUACUAGAGCACGACUCAAAUAAUCGCACCGAAGAUUCACGCGCCUUACGAAAUUACAUACAAUUAAAUCGCAUACGUACAACAACUGAAAGUCCAUCUGAGGAAACCACUACUACCUCAGAAAGUUCAACAAAGCGAGCCUUCAUUUCGCUAUACAAACUGCGUGCCAAAUCUACAACUGAAAGCCCUACUAGACAGUCUCCGACAUCAACAGUAGAAGAUACGAAGAACUCGGGUACUAUAAAUAAUGAAGAAACUAAUAAUGAAAACUUUGCCAGUUCGACAAGCCGACGUACUUUAAAUCGAUUUAUAAAACCAACCCCUCGAUUGUCAACGAAAAAGUUAGCGGAAGAUCAAUUAAAAGAGGAAUCCACUUAUAAUGAUCUGACCACACUUACUGAUCGCACUGUUAAUAGUUAUAGUUUAACAAAAAAUUCGGCGAAUGCCAUAACACGCGAUCCUCCAGAAACAACAACUAAACGAUUUUUAAUUGGAAUCAACAGUCUAAAAUUUAGAACUAGUGCUGCUAAAACUAUAGAUGAUGAAGGAGAGAGCGAGGAAGAGUUAACGGAAGACAAUGUAGUUAGUACAACACGACGCCCUUCGUUUUCUUUAAACAGAUUUAGAACUUCAACUACAACAGAAAAAUAUGUAGAAGAGCAAGAAGAUGAAGAGAACAGCAUACUAAAAAGAACGUCAACAAUAGGAACAACAAGACGGCCGUAUAGUGCAAUAAAUAGACUGAAUUUAAAAUCAACUACACCGAAAACUGAAACCGAGGAAACAGUGGAAAGUUCAGUCGAAGAAAACUCGAAUAAUUACAAUGAUUCUGAGCGCCGCGUUCUAUUAACUAGACAUGGACUUCGAAGCACAACAGAAAAAGCUGCAGAAAACGAAAAUACUAUCUCAACAGUGAAUGAAUAUAGUUCUUCGGUAUCAACUCGUCGGCCAUAUGCAUCAAUAAAUCGUAAAGGACUUACAACCUCGAGCGAGUCUGAAGUUAAGACAAAAACCGGAUCAACAAUUGAAAUUUCUAGUACUGAAGGAUCAGCGGAAAAUGUUUCCACACGAAAAUAUACAACUAUAAAUAGAUUAAGGGACAAAACUUCUACAGCGAGCCCUUUGAAAUCCUAUGGCGACGAAGAAAAGAAAACUAAGGACGACGAAGAGGAAGAAGUAGAGCAAAACGAAGACCAUACGACCAGGCGUACGUACUUGGCUUUAAAUCGUUUACGCACAACCACUGAAAGUACAGAGAGUCUUGUGUUAAACGAAGAUGAAGCAACUGCGAACGCAGAAAACAACUCCAGCACUCUUAAUAGUACCGAGCAAGAAGAACAGUACACAACGGAAACUGUGGUCGUCAAGCAAGUGGAUGAAGGCGACAACGAUAAGCUUCUGAGUACUGAUCGUCAUGAUAAUACAGAAGUUGAUGAAGUUUCUACUACAGAAUAUACCACAGAAAGUGAUGGUGUAACUGCUACACCACGUCGUCCUAUUUUGAUAAGAAAACGAAUCCACGCUUCAACCACAGUUAGUACACCCGUCGAAGAAACCGUAAAUGAAGACAAUGAUACUACGACUACAGAAUUUCCUGGUCGUCGUAGGUUAAUUAUUAGAAAACGUAUCAAAAGCUCCACCACUUCCGUUCCCAAAACUGAAGAUGCCACAAAAUUAAAUGAAGUGCAUAAUACUACUGACGAAUCCAGAGUUUAUAAAACUACACGAUUUAAUACCACGAACACAACUCUCGCAACAAGUACUACCGAUGCUGAAGAUACUACCACUCAGCCAACAACGCGUCGUGUGUUCUCCGGCUUUAAUAGGAAACAGUUGAGUACAACAACUCAGCCACCAAGAAAUUCAUUUACAAAUAAUGAAUCGGCAGACAAUACCGCAGACCCUUCAGAUGUUACCGUUCCUGAUCAGCCUGCUACUCAGCCUACAACGCGCCGUGUGUUCACCGGCUUUAGUAGGAAACAGUUGAGUACAACCACUCAGCCGCCAAGAAAUUCAAUAACAAAUGAUGAAUCGGCAGGUAAUACGCCAGAGGCUUCAGCUGUUACCGAUCCUGAUGAGCCCACUACCCAGCCAACAACGCGUCGUGUGUUCACCGGCUUUAGUAGAAAACAGUUGGGUACAACAACUCAAUCACCAGAAGAGUCGUUGACAAAUGAUCAAGACACGCAAUACACGACGGAGGCUUCAGCUGCCAGCAGCAAACUAAGCCUAGGGAAAACAAAUCGACACCGAGCGCUUCUAUUCCAAACGUCGCCUUCAUCAAAAUCGGAAGAAGAAAAGGAUAGCGAAUUGAAAUUGAAAGUUAGCGAAAAUUCGCAUAUAGUAGAUUCGACCACACGUCCUAAGUUUAUUACGAGUACCCAUACAAAUUUUAUAGCUUCAAGCAACGAUGAAGCCAAGUUAACACUUGGUGCAGUUACUCAAGACUCUACAACGACCCGCAGUUUCAAUCGGUUAAGUCGCAUCCGCACCACAACUGAAACGAGUGGGCCGUCAUUAGAAGAAAAUACUGAAGGGCCUACUGAACUAUACACACGUCGUUCGUUUAAAACAUUUAAUCGGCAAAAGGUAACCACUUCAGUGCCUGUUGAAACUUUGUCAACUGAACGCAAUUUGAAUGUCUUUAGCCAGAAAGCACGGCCAACUACUACAAAGCGACCCUUAUUACCAACAAUCAACAGGAAUAUCUACCAAAGAGCUGAAGAAGAUGAGAAUGAAUACAGCGACGAAUAUGAUGAUGUAGUAACGUCUGAUAAGCCAAUAUUCCAAAAACCACAGAUAUUUACAAACGUACGAACGCAACCAAAAUUUGGCACACUCCGUCCAUUAACUCAGCCUAGAGCAGAAGACACAGAAGCUUAUGACGAAUAUGAGGACAGCGAUGACGAGUAUGAAGAAAGCUCGAUUGAAAAUAAUGACCAAAUCCCACGGCGACCAAUUAGCCGCCCACAAGUCACUCGACCUUCGAACGAACUUCAAACUAGCCUGCAAAAUUUAAGAAAUCGUGUGAAAGAAAGUCAGACACGGAAUGAAAAUAACGAAGGGGUAGUAAACUCAAAACUGCAUGUGCUUCUGUCUAACAGAGCGAAGACUAUACAAACGGAAAAUAAUAAAAACUCUGUAAAUAAUGACGCACAAGACAAACAUGCCACCGACAAUACUGUAGAAGACAGAGACAUCAAUGAUGAAGACGAAGUCGCAUCAGUCAGUACUGGUAACGAAAUUGCCAGACCUGUUGUAAAAAAUAAUUUACUUAGUUUGUUCGCAAAUCGUAAUAAUACUAACCGUACCAGCACCGUAUCCAACUAUUCAAGUAGAACUAAAAUUAAUUUAAGUCCCAAGUCUAACAACACUCAAAUAACCGAUGAUGAUAGUAGAAAUGUAGAUACUGAAGCAGAAACUGAGGCUGAUAAUCUGAUAGAUAAACUUGAUUAUAAUGAUGAUGAAGAUCACAGCACUAAUGAUAAGGGUAAUGAAGUUAAUUCUAAACGACGUUUUCAGAAAUAUCAAUUCAACCGCUCACGAUUCUCAACUACUACAACAACUACUAUAGCUCCAACCACGAUAAAAACAUCUUCUAGCUUAUUCCCGUCCAAACAAUUAUACCAGCCAAACAAAAAUAGAGCAGCAACCACAGCAAAUCAGGUAAAUGCGUUAGUAGAUGAUGAAGAUGAUGAUGAAGAUGGGGAUAAUGACAAUGAUGAAGAAGAUGAAGAUGAAGACAGCACAACCACAACCACCGAAAGCACUCUGAGCAUUAGUCCAGCUCCCACACUGAAACGGAUACGGGUCUUGAAAUACCGUCGUCCAAUUGGCGGCUCAAGUACAUUUAGUAAUGCUACUUUAGUUAAUACUAGUGUUAGUGAUAGUAGUAAUUUCACAUUUUCUAGUGUUACUAAUACUACCAACACAGUCAGUCAAGGCUUAGAUACUCUCAACUCGCUUAGCCAAAAAGUAGGACGUACCAGGUUAGAACUUUUAAAUUCCCAAGACUCAAAUACAAAUGAAACUCAAAGCGAAAGUCCGGUAACUACGGAAACUAAACCCACUAAACGGUUCCGCAAAGUUAUACGCAAGUUAAUACGGCCAGUUAAUCGCACGAUUGAUUCAACUUUGACAAACGAAACUAAAUCAGACGACGCCCAAUCGGAAACAUCCCUUGCAGGACAAUCGCGUUUUAAUGCAACCCGUUACGGCUUAGGGCGAGAAGGUGUGGAAAAUACAUCAGAAAUCUCUUCCGAAAACUCUACUUCCAGCGACGGUAACCUUAAUAGCACAAGAACUAUUUUAUUUGGCAGAAGCAAUCGAGCUCGUUUCGGUAACCGAGUUACAUCGAGCAACAUAGAAAAAUCGUCUGAAAAUGAUGAUGGUGUGUUUGAAGCAGACAGUCAGACAGAAACUGAAGAGGAUAGUGAAAAUGUAACAGCAAAUCCUCCACCAACUGUCUUUACACGAGCAAAAGCUAACGGCACUAGUUCAAGUGGCAUAAUUUUACCUUCACGACGACCAUUUGUAUUGACGCGUGUAAGUAGCCGAACAAAAGCGCCCGAGGACGUAGAUGUUGCCGAUGAAAACGAGAAUAAAGAUGAAGAUGAAGGUGUAGACACUAAUGCAGGCGAAGAAGGUGAUGAGGUGCAGGAAACAUCGACACCGGCUGUAGAGCAAUAUACUGGUAUUCCACGCAAUCGCCUAACUAAACUCACAUUCACACGUAACAAUCUUACAAAGAGUGCUGAGACUAAUAUCAGUGAGACAGCAAUUCAAGAAGAACAAAGACCAGUUGUUGCAACUACCCGUCUCAGAAAAUUACUGCCUGAUGUCACAACAGAAACUAUAAUAACAACUAAUGAACUAGAAGAAAGUGAUGAUAGAAAAUCCAGUAAUGUUACACAAGCGAAAACCGCAUUACCCAGGCGUCCAUUCGGUCUGGCCUCUCGGACUAAACCAACACAAAACGAAAGUGGAAAGCAAACUGAAGAAGACGAAGACGAAAAUACAGAUGUAACAACGGCACGUACUCCUCUUUCUCGUCCUACUUUCCGAAGAAAAUUGGUCGCUAGACGCCCAUACACUCCACCAAAAGUGUCUGGUAUCACGAUUUCAACAACAAUUCCUACAUCACCGAAGCCAAGAAGAAAGUUUGUACGGCGCAAAUUCGGUCGUUUCCACCCAUUCAAUGCCGUUAAUCGCAAUACCGGUGAGGGCUUUGUGCGUACAGAUCCACGAAGUCAAUUACUGCCAGAAACAAAACGCUUCCGAGUUGAGAACGGCAAGCGGGUGCCCAUACCGAACGGUGAGACUUUAAGCGAAGAUGAAGAAUACGAAGAAUAUGAAGAUGAGAGUGAAGACGAGGAAGAGGGAGAGUCGAAUACUGCCACAGACCAAAAUAAAUCCCAAAUCCCAGUUGUAACACUAAGACCAGUUACACGCCCCUCAAGCUUAUUCAAUAGACCACCAACCACGCUAUUAAAAACGAUUAAAACAAAUGAAGAAGAAAUCGAGGAAGACAAUGAAGAAAUCGAAGGUGGGGAUGAAGAUGAAGAAGAUGAUGAAGACGACGAGGAAGAAGAAGGAGAAGAAGAAGAAACACAUGGAUUAGACGAUGCCACAAACCAAACAACACCUAAGUUAAACACACCUGUACUCCGAACUAAAGAUAAUCGUGUCCCACCAGGUUCAAGGCCAGCUCUACCUGCAUCCUCUACACAUACUUCAGGUAAUGUGCCUUUUAACGGAAGAGGACGUCAGCCCUCCUCGGGUUCUAGUCGCUUUGGCACAAGCACGUCCGGCAAUCGUUUCGGCUCAUCUCCGCCCAAUAAUACACGUGCCACAAAUAGACCGCGCAUUGUGAAUCUGCCACAGGGUGUGGUACCACCAAAUCUGCCACUUAAACCAAUUGCUACCUCUUUCGAACGCACUACGCCGGUAAUUCCAACUAAACCGGCACCAUUUAUACCAACCAACACACGCUCAUAUGAGCGUAAAUACACAGCCACCUCCACAGAGACACCGGAAAAUUAUAGCGAUAACUCAUUUAUUGAAGAUUUAAAUAUUGAAGCACUAAAUGCACGCAAUAAAAAGAUAUUCGAUAUCAACAGCAAAAAACACACCACCCUUAAACCGAAAAUUGUCAUAUCAGGUGGCAACCAAACACCAACAGAUCAACAACAAGAUACACAAGAUCACAUCCAACAAAACACAGAAACUGAAGACGAUGAUGAAUACACUUCAAUUGUGGAUGGUAAUCAAGGUUACAUAACCACAACACCACGCACACCCGCCCCCGGCGACACGAACACUGAUUAUUAUAUCAAUGCUAAUGAAAUCUCUUCACAGGACAAUGAGCCAGGCGCUGAACGUACUGUAUUCACGACGCCUCAAACGCCUACCACGACUCUUUUGCACGUUUUCACGCUGACCGAGGGCGAGCAGACAAAUCGGCCACCAACAGCAAGUGCCAAUACAAUUGGUCGAUUUGUACCUGAGAGAGCACGUCCCAAGCACAAGGUGGUAGAGAUUAAUCGUAUUGUUGAAAUUACCUCGAAAGAAGACAAGCUACGUCGCAAAUCAAAGGCAAAUCAAGAGUUUCUCAAACCGAUUGGCACAUCGAACGUAAAGGUCGAGUCCUUGCCCCAUGUAGAGCAGCUGGGCGAAAUCAGCGUUGUGAAAUUUGUUCAUCUGGUCGAUGGUAGUGACAUUUCCAUUGAUGGUCACAGCACGGUAACUGAUUACACGCCCACAGAGCCAACUGUCUCAAUACCGGUACGAAACUCUUUACCCGAUGGUGGGCCAUAUUAUGUGCCCCAGUACGCUUACUCUACGGAAAGUGCACAAGCGCGAACUACAUUGGAACAGCGGAAUGGUAAAGCACUGAUACCCGAAGUGAUACGCAGUGCAGUAGAGACUUCGACUAUUUCCUUGGAAGGUCUAUUCGAUAGUGGACGGAAAGGUAAAGAAUUAAAUUCUGUAAAUAGUGUGUACUACAUUUUCGGAUCAAAUGACACAAUUUCAACUAGUACAGUUAGCGUAAACGAGAACGAAACUCAAAACUCAAAAGCCACAACUCUAAGUACAAGUACGAGUACGCCUUUACCGACUUCCUCGACAUUAUUAACGACCACUACUACUGAGAGUGCUUUGCCCCUAAUCCCAAUUAGUGAUAGCAUAAAUAACAUUCCUAACGAAGCAUUCCCAAAUUUAGAGUCCACAACGAUUGUAGGCAAUAACUUUGAUGAUGAAACCACAACUACCAUACCGAACGUGUCAAGCACAACCACUGAAGCAACUAUCACUCAAGCUGAAUCUGUGAAUGAUGUUAACAACAAUCUCUUGGAAACAACCACAUCUAAAACGGUAGCAACGGAUGAUCCAACAAGCGUCGAUACCGCGGUGAAGUCCAGCACAUACGUAAGACCUGUUGUACCACUACCCCUUUUACGCCCUGAAUCCAAUGAGUCCUCCCCCCUAAUAAUAACCAUAGCCAAUCUUGACAAAGUUAUACUCAGUAAAGUAGAUCGCACAAUUUCAGCCGAAAGCAAGUCGGCAACAAACACUGUCCCAUUCCCACAAACGACUACGCAACCCCAGUUAGCAGAACCCAGACCCACUGACUCGAGUGCAGAAUUCUCAAGCCGUUUUGCCUCUGUAGUUGAGGCACCCACCAAUCUCAUACAGGAAUCAGGUGCUACAACCCACCACAAGAGUAGCGAUGUAUCUAAGAAUGAAGUACAAAGUGUUGGUAGUAGUAAUGGCACUUCUGUAGAUGAUGCUAGUGUUAGUGCGAGCAGUGCGAGUAGCAUAAGUAGUGGCAGCAUAGUAAAAGAAAUGGUAAGCUUUAGUACUGAAACGCACGUAGUGCGAAAGAAGAAAUCGCGUAAGCACAGGGCGCGAAAAAUGAGAAAAUCGAGAAAGCGCACCACGACAAUGUCACCAACUGACGCCCCAGCAGUGACAAUAACACCGAAAAUAGUCAACAACGAAGAGGGGUACCAAAGUAGUAGCAACAGCACAAGCGUAACCGAGUCUUCGACAGCAAAGACGACGCCCAGAGUAAGGGUCGUGAAUAUUACGUACUGCCGUACUGACGAGUUCGCUUCCAUCGUCUUUCAGAUCCGUACACCGACUGCAACGACGGUUGUAACAGCAACAGCGCAAACGCGAAGACCGGUACUGAGCGUACGUCGGCGCAAAAUCAAUUCACCGAACGCUUCAUCAGGUAUAGCCUACCAGACGGCUACGACUACAAUCCAAACGGCAACUACAACUACAACAGCAAACACGUUCGCUUCGAAAAAUGAUGAGCUACAAAUAACAACAACGGAAUUACCAACGACCUUUAAUAAACAGCAGCAGCAGCAACGUAAUCGAAAUAAACUGGUAACACCGGCCGCAACAGCAACAACCGAACUAACAGCACCUGCAACGAUCACAACAACACAGUUGUCAACAGCAUCAGCAGCAGCAAUUACUUUGAACAGCGAUAUUGCCAGUGGUGCCAGCAAUCAGAAGAGUUAUCUAAAUACAAAGUAUAGAGCAAAGCUUUCGGCAGCCACUUUGUCAACAGGCGCAUCACCAACAAUAGUCACAGAAACACCAGCUAUCCAAGGAGCGGCAGCAGCUACAGCACCAGCCACCUCUGUCGUCAAUGACAUCAUACAAAACGCAAAUACCAACACCAAACAACCGUCGACUGUGUUGCGACGAAAAUUCCAAGCACGACGUCUUAUUACAACAACAACUGCAAACCCCACAGAUGAUAAUGCUACCGAACAGCCUCGCACUCAGAACCCACUCUUCAAACGCCGCUUUUCGCUCACCGCCAACUCUCCCUUCACUGUCGGUACCAUAAUUUCAACAAGUACAAUUGCGCCUACUGACACGCUCACCACAACACUCUUCGUAGAUGGGUUCGAUGUCGAUGAUGCCAGUGAUCAAGUGGCAAAGUCGAGUGUGCAUACCAAUCGUUUCAAUCAAUUUGUCCAGCAUUCCGAAGACAAUGAAGAACUACUUUCUCGCCGAGAAUUAACCAGCGGCAUCAAAGCAUCGCCAUUGAAGCCAUCACUAACAACCAAAUCAAAUUUGCCAAUUGAGCCAAAUCACACGUUUGUGGAGUCUUUCACACGACGCAUGGGUACCAUAGCUGCCACCACUGAAUUUACUGCUCCCAAACGAAAGUCGGUCGGUGUUAAGCGAAGGCCACAAAAAUACACACCUCCGACACCGCAAACGCCCACAGAACCAACAACAACGGGGCGCGGCCAGGCUGUAAGCCGUAGACGCCCCAACAAAUAUGCCGCCGGCGAUACUUUCGAUAGACUAAACGGCAAUCAGGCGGUGCCAGCAAAGACACCCAGCCACAGCAGCCAACGACAGGUUGUGGACUACGACUACUAUGACGAUGAUAAUGAGCGCGUCAUUGGGAAUACGGAUGGACAACAGUUGAAGGUGAUUUUACAUGGACGCGGCAUAAUCGAGUGUCUGGAUCAAGGUAAUUUUCCGCAUCCACUCUCAUGCCGGAAAUUCAUUUCCUGCGCGAAAUUCGAAACGGGCGGAGUGGUGGGCUGGGAAUAUACCUGUCCGAAGGGGCUGAGCUACGACCCAGUAGGCGGUAUGUGCAAUUGGGCGGCUGGUCUCGGUUGUAAGGAGUGAUUGUCAGCAACAGCAGAUUAAAAUUAAUAGAUUUGCAAAAACAUAUGAACACAUACGAUGUACUAUAUGAUGUUUUAUAUGUAUGGAUAUAAAAAAGCACAAAUAUGCAACCGGCGAAUUAAUGCAAUACAAAUACUCAUUAAAAUCUCACAUUUGGAGAUUGACUUCCCUGAAAAAACGCAUCCUCAUUUCACUUAACAAAACUGAUUUCAUUGAAAUUCAUGGAGAUAUUUUAUAGUUGUAAUAAAUUUUUGUGAUUAUUGUUUCUUUCUCCGUAGUAGUCUAAGAAUAACUUUAAGUUUAAGCUAAAACUGUUUAUACGUAUUUAGUUGAUUGUUGACAAAUUAUUGUGAACAAAUAUUUAAGUAGAAUUAUUUUUAUUUUUUGGAUUUUUUCAUACUUACAACGAAUUAUAUUUCUACCUUUCUGCGCCUAUGUUCUAUAAAAUAAUAAUUUAUAAUCAAUAAAA